CCCGCGCCCGCCGCCGCGCCGCGCCCCGGCCGGGCGUGGAUGGAGGGCGCCGCGCGCUCUGCCCGCUGCUCGGCGUGACGCGGGCCCGGCGCCCCGCGCCCACCAUGUCCUACCCGCAGGGCUACCUGUAUCAGGCGCCCGGCUCGCUGGCGCUCUACUCGUGCCCGGCGUACGGCGCGUCGGCGCUGGCGGCGCCGCGCAGCGAGGAGCUGGCCCGCUCGGCGUCGGGCUCGGCGUUCAGCCCUUACCCGGGCUCCGCGGCCUUCACGGCGCAGGCGGCCUCCGGCUUCGGCAGCCCGCUGCAGUACUCGGCCGACGCCGCCGCCGCCGCCGCCGGCUUCCCGUCCUACAUGGGCGCGCCCUACGACGCGCACACGACCGGGGUGGCGGGCGCCAUCAGCUACCACCCGUACGGCAGCGCGGCCUACCCUUACCAGCUCAACGACCCCGCGUACCGCAAGAACGCCACGCGGGACGCCACGGCCACGCUCAAGGCCUGGCUGAACGAGCACCGCAAGAACCCGUACCCCACCAAGGGCGAGAAGAUCAUGCUGGCCAUCAUCACCAAGAUGACCCUCACGCAGGUGUCCACCUGGUUCGCCAACGCGCGCCGGCGCCUCAAGAAGGAGAACAAGAUGACGUGGGCCCCGAGGAACAAAAGCGAGGACGAGGACGAGGAGGAGGGCGACGCGGCGAGGAGCAAGGGGGAGAGUCCAGACAAGGCGCAGGAGGGCACGGAGACCUCUGCCGAGGACGAAGGGAUCAGCCUGCACGUCGACUCGCUCACGGAUCACUCGUGCUCAGCCGAGUCGGACGGGGAGAAGCUGUCUUGUCGGGCGGGGGACCCCCUGUGCGAGUCGGGCUCGGAGUGCAAAGAUAAGUACGACGACCUGGAGGACGACGAGGACGACGAGGACGACGGCGAGCGGGACCUGGCGCCGCCCAAGCCCGUGACCUCGUCGCCGCUCACCGGCGUGGAGGCGCCUCUGCUGAGCCCCCCGCCCGAGGCCGCGCCCCGCGGUGGCGGCGGCGGCGGCGGCGGCGGCAAGAUGCCCCUGGGCAGCCGGACGUCGCCGGGCGCGCCGCAGCCCGCCAGCAAGCCCAAGCUGUGGUCUCUGGCCGAGAUCGCCACGUCGGACCUCAAGCAGCCGAGCCUGGGCCCGGGCUGCGCGCCGCCGGGGCUGCCCGCGGCCGCCGCGCCCGCCUCGACCGGGGCGCCUCCGGGCGGCUCCCCGUACCCCGCCUCGCCGCUGCUCGGCCGCCACCUCUACUACACGUCGCCCUUCUACGGCAACUACACAAACUACGGGAACUUGAACGCGGCGCUGCAGGGCCAGGGGCUCCUGCGGUACAACUCGGCGGCCGCCGCCCCCGGAGAGGCGCUGCACUCGGCGCCCAAGGCGGCCAGCGACGCGGGCAAGGCGGGCGCGCACCCGCUGGAGCCCCACUACCGGCCCCCGGGCGGCGGCUACGAGCCCAAGAAAGAUGCCAGCGAGGGCUGCACCGUGGUCGGUGGGGGCGUCCAGCCCUACCUAUAGAAGCCCCAGCUCAGCAAUGCAAUUGCUGGAAAUCACUUUCCGUCGGCGGGAAUGGAAGCACGCGCCAGCCUUCCCCUCUGCUUUGGCGGGAGCUGCAUGAGACCAGUAUUUGGUGAUGUGCCAGGGGCCUCGGUCUGGGCAGGCAAAGGAGAAAACGCUCGUGUUGGGGUGCAGACCCCCGUUCGCUGGGCUGCUAACCUUUCACCCGAAUCUCCUGCAAACAGAGGGAUGUAGUCUCACCCCUACCUCCGCCCUCCGCCCUCCACCCGGAGAACAGGCUUGUGUUCUCUCCACGGAGGGCAAAGCGUUCUCUGUCUUUCCGAGAAAGAUGAAAAUUGAAGAUGUUAUUAAGGACUACUCUGGCCAUCUAAUAAAAAGGGAUGAGUUAUGAAAUCUCUGUCCUCUGUUCCUCCGAGCUCCCAGGUAGAAGGAAAGAGGAAAAAUGGUUUUUGUUUGUUUGUUUAAGUCUGGCCCCAAGAUCACAAGGGAGAGCCUUCUAAAAAAAAGGUGCCCAGUGCUACUUUGUUCUGUAUGGACCUGAGCACAAAUUAGGUCUAAUGUUCUCAAGGAAGCAGCACACCCUGAGGUCUGGGGCUGCCUGCAAAUGGGAGCAGAGUGGGUCUUUACAGGAAAUGCCCAGAGGGCAGGUAGGAAGCAUUGCACAGCACUGGCAUUUUUGUGGGGAGAUAAAUUGACAAUUUAUUGUGUGUAACUCCUGAUCAAUUAUUAAUCCUUAGUGUCAACAACAGGGUUAUAAUUACCUUCGGUUAUUUAAAGGAGUAUUUUUUUUCCCACUCCUCUGAUCCAUAAUUAGUUAAUGCUCUUGAACAAGGAUCCGCAGAAGAGCGGGGCUUCCUUUUUGGUGGCUUUGGGGGGAAACAGCCACAGUCACCUUCCCGCUCUCGGAAGCCCCUCCCAACCUCCAUUCCCUCAGUGGGCACCUCCCCCCCCCCCAGGCUGUAAGUAAUGAUUCUGGAUGAAAAUGGGGGG